GUUGAACUCUUAUCAGGAAAACACAAGGAAAUAUUUUGCACCAGUUUUUUUUGUUUGAAAAUGAAGACUUUUGUCGUGGUUGCUUUGAUGGUGGCUUUUGCCGCAGUGGCAUUUGCAGAUGAAGAGAAAAGACUCUUUAGCUUCGUAAGUUUCCACUUAAACUAAACCAACUUUAAUCUCUAUUUAUAGUGAGUGGAUCCGUCUAUUCUAAACUGUUCUCCGUAGAGAUGCGGUAAAGCCAGUCGGCCGAUGAAAAUUGAUGAAAUCCCUCCACUGUUUCUCCGGGGCAGUACUUAAAAAUUAAAAUUUUGGUAAUUUGCUAUAGGCAUGCUCGCCUCAGUGUAAUGCAUUUUGUCAUGAUAUCAAUGCUUAAUCAUAGAAACUGAAUGAGAGAUUGAAAUUUGUGUCAUUAAAUUCAACAUGUAUGCAGUAGAGCGAGGAGUUUUCGAUAUAUCUUAAAGAAUGAAAUCCAAAAAUACUCGUCAAUAGUUCUAUAUAUUUUAUUUAUCGUUUUAAGAUUGACUUUAUCUAUCUGUCAAUAAGCGCAUGGUAAGGUCGGACAGUUUCCAUCGAUGUCAGGCAAAUGUUUUGUAUAUUUGUAAUUUCCCCCCGCCUGUCCAUCAUCACCACCGUCAUCACCACAACCACCAUUAUACCAUCACCCACACCGUCAUCACCAUCAUCGCCACCAUCACAUCACCAUCAAUCAAACCUCAAUCACAGAACAUGGAAGACUGGUGCACUAACAACUGCCGACUUUUCCAGGGAUGUAAAUCUGACCAAGAUUGUGACGAGGGAUGUUGUGCCAAAUUUCUAUUGUACGGCAAAUGCAGAAAGUACCUCAAGGAAGGCGCUAUUUGCUUUAGCCGGGUAGGUAUUUGUAAAACAUAUUGCUGCCUGCAUGCAUGAUACAUACAAUAAGGAUAUAUAAGAAUGCUGUCCUGCCUGUUCUUCAUACGAGCCCGGAUUGCCGGGAGUGGGAUGAAUUCCCGCCGAUGGCAUCUUCGAAAUAUUUUUGUUGUAAUUAAACAAACUUCACCACACAUUGCGACGUUAAUAGUGUCUGUAUAGGUCUAUUUAUAAUGUUUAUUUGUUGUUUGUAUUUUCCAACAAUGCUGUUCAAUACUAUAUUAUACAGCACAAUCGGCAAAACUAUCCUGGUCAGGUGGGAUAAAGCGUUCAUGUGGAAAACUUUUUCCCACUUGUCUGCGAUCUCACAACCAACCCCCACCCCCUCCCCCACCCCCAAUAACUUCUGAAAGCCUUUAAGUGAUAGUUGAAUACCUGUAUAAGAAAACUGUACCUAUAAUUUUUCAACAAUGAAAACAUUGGUAGGCUAUAUAAGUUACUAAGCCAUGGAUUACAUAAAAUUUAAGGCAAUAAAGUAUAAAGAACUAACAUUUCAAGCUACAAAAGGUUACUACCUUUUACAAAAGGUUAUACUACCUAUGUUGUAUGUUACAAAAGGUUACUACCCAUUUGUAUGUUAUACAAAAGGUUACUACCUAUGUUGUAUGUUACAAAAGGUUACUACCUAUGUUACUACCUAGUCUACAAAAGGUUACUACCUAUGUUGGGAGCCUAAUUCUCUCCCCUCCUCGACUCCCGCCUCUUCUCUCUCCCAGUCUCCCUCCUCCAAUAUUUCGCGAAAUGUUCGCCACCCCGCAAUUACGGCGAUAUAUGUUUUGGCUGGGAGGUAAUUAUAAAACAUAUUACUCAUAUACGGUAAUAGCUCUUAAUUAUAUAGGCUUAUACACUUUGCUUUUGAAUAGGGUAUUGGAAAACGAGGUAUUGGUUUCAAGCCAAGUUGCGGCUGUGGAGAAGGCCUGACAUGCCAGAAAUCUGGACGUGUUCUCAGCAGAUGUGCUGUCGAAGAAGGAUCAGGCGACAUGUAGACUUAUUGUCUGAGAAUCGAAGUUUAGUACUGGCAUAUAGAGUGCAGUUUCCUUGUAUAGUUCGCAUGGAUUCUAUGGAAAUACAGUACUCAAUUUAAAGUUAAAGAAUAAAAUAAUUAGUGAAUUCAGAAUGUCUUUCUACUUUUAUUUUCCUGGAAAAG